UACCUCCCCCAACAUCCAAUGGUGGAUACAGCUUGAACCCCUGCACCACGCACAGAGAGCUCAUCACCAUGACAGAUGGCUACUUGUGGUUUGAAGGGUUACCUUUCCCUGUGCUUGGUUUUAGUCCUGAAGUUUUGAAAGAAGCAUGUGCUCAGUUUGUGAUAAAGGAUGAAGACACAGUAUUGGUGACCUACCCCAAAUCAGGAACCAACUGGAUGAUUGAAAUUCUCUGCCUGAUUCACUCCCAUGGUGAUACCAAGUGGAUUCGAUCUGUGCCCACCUGGGAACGCUCACCCUGGAUAGAGACAGAUGUGGGUUACAAACUGUUAAAUGAGAGAGAAGGUCCACGGCUCAUGUCCUCUCACCUCCCCUUCCAUCUCUUCCCCAAGUCUCUAUUCACUUCCAAGGCCAAGGUGAUUUAUACCAUGAGAAAUCCCAAAGAUGUUCUUGUGUCAGGUUAUUAUCAUUGGACUAUGACAAAACAAUGUAAGAAACCAGAGUCACUGGAACAGUAUUUUCAAUGGUUCAUCCAAGGAAACGGUGAGUGUUCUUCACAUACAGUGCCCUAUGGAUCAUGGUUCGAGCACAUUCGGGGCUGGAUGUCCAUGAGAGACAGGGAGAACGUCCUGCUGCUGAGUUAUGAAGAGCUGCAGAAGGACCCAAGAAGCACCAUAGAGAGGAUCUGUCAGUUCCUGGAAAAGAAGUUGAGUCCAGAAGAACUGGACUCCGUCCUCAAGAACAGCUCCUUCCAAGUCAUGAAACAAAACAAGAUGUCCAACUUUGAAACAUUGCCUGAAGCUUUAUUUACUAAGCCUUUCUUAAUUACAAGAAAAGGGAUCUCUGGGGACUGGAAGAAUCACCUCACAGUGGCCCAAGCUGAAGCCUUUGAUAAAGUUUACCAGGAGAAGAUGGCGGGUUUCCCCAAAGAGCUGUUCCCAUGGGAGUAACCUCUAACAGGUCCAGGAUCUUCCAUGGACACUGUGUGGUUUUCCUGUCCUGGGACAUGCUCAGGACUGAGGGGUUCUUCACGUAAAAACCACUUUUCAGGAAAAGGGGGUGGGAGAAUAGGAUAACAUAAAGAACCAAUGAAAUAUAAGAUAAUUGAGAAGCAAAAGGAAUUCUAGUUGGUUAGAGUAGGAGAAUGGAGGGGGAGGGGCAUGUGGGGAAGGGGGAUCAGGAAGGGAAAUAGACUUCCACACAUGGGUGGGUUUCUCUGCAUGAGCCCAACUCCUAUGUGAACCCACAAAGCUCUGACAGAAUUUAAAACCUGUUUCUUCAUUCUGAGCCUGUAUUUUGCUUCUCUCAUCACUUGCUUGUAAAAAUGACUGGAAUUUCCCUAUUCACUUUGACACAUCCUGGCAUUUAAAAAAAUCAUGUAUAAUUUUAAACAGAAGCCUACCAAUGUAAGAUGAAUAUCACCCACAAUUGUCUCUCAUUCUUAAAACAAGAAAUACAAUGUAGCAGCACCUAGGGUUCCUUUUCUUUACGUGCAUCUCCAGAUUGUGUUGUGAUGAGGAUCUGGAGGAGUGUGAUUUUCAGACUAGUUUAUUCUCCUUCCUGGUGGUGUUUACAUCAUAAAUAACAAUUUCUCUGUUUGGGACUUUUCAAACAUACAUCAAUGGUGAGAGAAAUGAUAUAUUCUGAGUUCUCAUUUCUACUCAGCAUUUACCACAUGGUUUUAUCUGAGCUGAGGUGUAAUGAGUGGUUAGGAAUUGACUGAGACUUGGGACACAGUUUCCUGUUCUCCUAUAAGUGACCCUGGGUUUUCCCCUCACCAAUUUCCCCAUAUUUAAAGCACUAUUUGGCAAGCAUGACACAACCAAAGGUACGAGUUUUCUAGGAUACAUUUAGAACUGAACUGGACUGUUCACUCAUUGGCCCCUGGUAGGUGUUAGGAAAUUUUUCUCCAUAAUCUUGUAAUGAAGGUAAAGUCCAAAUAAACUCUACCUCUGGACUGCUUUUA